GAUUCAGGUGUUCUAGAAGUCAUGAUGUGGGCUGUGCCUGUUGAAUUCCCAGCGAUGCAAGGGGACACACCCUGUGACUCAUUCCUUAAUUGAGUGCUGAUAUUUGAUUGGUUUAUGGAGCACCUGAUGGGUGGGUGGGGUGUUCGCGGUUGGUGGGGGUGAGUUCUAUAAGGGCUGAUGCGGCCAGAGAGCUCGUCAUUUGAAGACUCUCUCGGAAGAGAUAGCGUCUUUCUGCAACCUGCGGUCCCAGCAGAAAAACCUUGUGAUCCUUGUUCCAGGCGACAUGGAGGACGACUCACUCUACUUGGGAGGUGAGUGGCAGUUCAACCACUUUUCAAAACUCACAUCUUCUCGGCCAGAUGCAGCUUUUGCUGAAAUCCAGCGGACUUCUCUCCCUGAGAAGUCACCACUCUCAUGUGAGACCCGUGUCGACUUCUGUGAUGAUUUGGCUCCUGUGGCAAGACAGCUUGCUCCCAGGGAGAAGCUUCCUCUGAGUAGCAGGAGACCUGCUGCGGUGGGGGCUGGGCUCCAGAAUAUGGGAAAUACCUGCUACGUGAACGCUUCCCUGCAGUGCCUGACAUACACACCGCCCCUUGCCAACUACAUGCUGUCCCGGGAGCACUCUCAAACGUGUCAUCGUCACAAGGGCUGCAUGCUCUGUACUAUGCAAGCUCACAUCACACGGGCCCUCUACCGUCCUGGCCAUGUCAUCCAGCCCUCACAGGCAUUGGCUGCUGGCUUCCAUAGAGGCAAGCAGGAAGAUGCCCAUGAAUUUCUCAUGUUCACUGUGGAUGCCAUGAAAAAGGCAUGCCUUCCCGGGCACAAGCAGGUAGAUCAUCACUCCAAGGACACCACCCUCAUCCACCAAAUAUUUGGAGGGUACUGGAGAUCUCAAAUCAAGUGUCUCCACUGCCACGGCAUGUCAGACACCUUUGACCCUUACCUGGACAUCGCCCUGGAUAUCCAGGCAGCUCAGAGUGUCAAGCAAGCUUUGGAACAGUUGGUGAAGCCCGAAGAACUCAAUGGAGAGAAUGCCUAUCAUUGUGCUCUUUGUCUCCAGAAGGCGCCUGCCUCCAAGACGUUAACUUUACAUUCAGGGAACAUGUCCAUCUUCGUCAGCUUUAAAAGUUUUGCACCAAAUGUGUUAACUGCAGUUGCACCAUACCAUGCGUAA